CUAGAGUACUGGCUAAGCCCCAGGGCACUGUGUUUUUGGGUGCUACUUUGUACACAUAUUUAUCUUUUUGUGUACAUCUAUUUUGCCUGAUGUAGGGGAGGGCCACUCAUAGCAGUGACUUUUUUCAUUUUACACUCCUUUUCCCUGUUCCCCUUUCCACAAUAGCUGCAAUGUAAUGUUCCAGUAGUGCAAGGCUUUGCAAAUUUGGCUCAAUGAGACAUGGAGCAAACAGCUUUUCAGACAGCUUCAUCUCAGCUGUCAGAAGGGGCAGUUUGGUCUCCGUGCAAGCAGUACUCACAUUCCAAACUGCAUUAGGAAAAAGCUGCUGGGUUUUUAUGCAUUUUUAUUAUCAAUUCCAGAUUAGAAAUCUGAUACAAUUUUUUUUCUUAAAGCCUGUGUUUGGAGUACAGCUUAUAUUCUAAAACAAAACCAGGAUUGUGAUGGUUUUCUCUCACUAGAUUGCUCUUAUUUUGCUCUGCUUUUUUCCCCUCUCCCUGGCUUUACUCCAAGGACCUUUUCUGCUUUUUGUUACACUCUCAAGAUGAAGUAUCGGAUGGUUACAGCACUGCUGGUAGCACUGGUACAGGUUUCAGAGAAUUUCCCUGCCUUGUACCACCAAGGCUGGUGGAGGCUGCUGAGGGAAAGAGAUAGUUGUGGAAAAUGUGAUUUGGAACUCUGCUCUGAGCCCAAGGACUGUCCAGCCGGGGCUGUGCUGGAUCGCUGUGGCUGCUGUCUGGAAUGUGGGAAUGUGGAAGGUCAGAUCUGUGACUUGGACCAGGGCAAUCAUUUUUAUGGGCAAUGUGGGGAUCACCUUGAGUGCAGGUUGGAUGUUGAUGAAGCAAGGUUUGGGGAAGUCCCUGAACCCCAGUGUGUGUGCAAAUCUCAAGAAAGCAUCUGUGGACCUAAUGGGAAAACCUACGAAAACAUCUGUCAGUUCAACAAGGAUUACGCUGCGAAAAGAAACAUCAGCAUGAAACAUAAAGGGCCAUGUGAAUCAGCUCCUGUUAUUUCUAUGCCACCUCAGGAUGCCCAGAAUUACACUGGCAAUGAUGUCAUUUUUGGCUGCGAGGUGUCGGCCUAUCCUAUGCCACAACUUGAAUGGAAAAAAAAGGGGAACAAAAUGUUUCUGCCAGGAGAUGACACCCAUGUCUCCGUUCAGGCAAGAGGUGGGCCUCAGAAGUAUGGUGUGACUGGCUGGCUGCAGAUUCAAGGCCUCAAAAAAUCAGAUGAAGGCAUUUAUAUCUGCCAUACCAAAAAUAAGCAUGGUGCAACGUAUGCCUCUGCAAGAUUGAAAGUCAUUGAUGUCCCGUCUCCUGCAUUUGCAUUUACUGCUGGUAGUAAAAGCGCAAGCUACAGCAUUGAAUACGAGGAGUAUUAUGACAAUUCUGAUGAAGAAGAUGAUGAAGAAUAUGAAUCCGGGAACUAUGAUAAUGAAAACAAUUCUGAAUAAUAAUUUUUAUACAUCUCUUGUCCAAAUAUUUUAAACACUGUUAUAUUUACCAAUAGUCUCUGCUCCCUAAAUGGCUCCUCUGAUAACACACAUACUCACUUGUGUAUCCACCUUCCUGAAAUGCAGCUUUGGAUGAAGUGUAUCAUGCUACUCACUAGAAAUAAGAACAGUUGUAACAUCAUAUAUUAAGACUAUGAAAAAAAAAAGCUUCAGCCUGGACCUUUCUACUAAUUAUGCCAAAGGGAUGCAAUUUUAUAUUAAUUUUUACAUUAUCUUGUAAUUUCUUUCACACAUUCUAAUUUGUCGAGCAAAAAUGCCAAUAGUUAAACAAUUUUUUUUAAAUUAAUUUUAUUCUUAUCCGUAAAGUACUAAGAAAUAUCAAGAGAUUGUUCACAUGGCAAUAAGCCUAAGUAAGUAUGGAGGUUGCAAAACAGUCUUUAAACUCCUUAGUUCAUGUUUUCUCAUAAGUUUCAGCAGGAUCUUCCUUCUCAUUUGAAAUUUUCCAUGUCUCAUCAAAGGCGAAUUAUCAGUCUUGUGGGGGAUGAUUUUGUUUGCGGUAGUGGGAUUUCGAAGUUUAUGUUUAAGAAAUUGUUUAAAAUAGUUGUAAUGGUUUGUUCCUAUUCACCCCUGUUCAGUUUUCCUAAUAGUCUCUCCCCAAAGUUGUUUUUCACCUGUUUUCCUGCUUUUCCCUAUGUCAGUCCUAGUGUAUACCUCCCUUAUUUCCAGAUCCUUCCCUGUCCAUCCUCCAAAUCCUGUCCCUGCAGUUUGUCUGUCAUUAUUUGCUACACCCAUUCAUCUAGAAGCUUCGUUGUCAGUUAUGAUAUUUUCUUUCACUCAUUGGCAUAUUAAGUAUGCACUCUGCCCUUCCCCUUCCCUACUGGUUUUAUGUUUACAUAUAUCCACCCCAUACUCCUCCUAUCUAGCCCUUGAUUUGUUGUUAGGCUGUCUCCCCCCUGAGGACAGCCUCCCUUUAAAAGUCGCCCUUUUUCUCAACUUCGCGUCCUUUGCCUCUGCCCUCCCUUCGAGUUGUUGAGCUGUGUCACCUGUGCUGCUCCCUGCGCGGGGAGAAAUAAAGACUGCUCGGAGACGCA